AUGGCGAUGAAAAAGGGGAGUCUGACGGUGUUCCUGGCAAGCGGCUGGAAGGCGUCGCUGCGCAGCGCCGCCGGCGGACGGGACAUGGCCGAGGAGGUCGCCAAGGCGGGCAAGGCGGGCAAGUGCUCGCUCAAGCUUCUCGAGUCACUGCGAAAGCGCACCCACUUCACCAGGCAGGAAAUAGAGGCUCUUUGUCGCAUGUACCAGAAGCUCGUCAGCAGCAACACACUAAUUUUUUCUGGUGGUCAGUGCUGUGUGCCACCGCUCUCUGGUAUCUCCAUGUCUCCAGCUGCUACUGUUUGCGAGGGAUUGGAUCGUGUAGUAUUCCGUGAACUACUCCACAACACCUUUGACUUGGUGACAGAGGAGGUGCUGAUGGAUCGAAUCUUCUGUGCAUUUGACCGCUGUAACGUGGGGACGAUUCGCCUAGAAGAAUGGGUCUGUGGGCUCUCAGUGUUUCUGAGGGGGACAUUUGAAGAGCGUACAGCAUUUUGCUUUCUCGUCUACGACCUGAACAAUGAUGGUUACAUUUCAAAAGACGAAAUGUUUCACCUCCUAAGGAACUGCCUCGUGAAGCAGCCACAGGAUGAAGAUCCCGACGAAGGUGUCAAAGAUCUGGUUGAAAUGGCUCUUCGGAAGUUAGACAGUGACCAUGAUGGCAAAGUGUCUUUUAAGGACUAUCAGAAGGCUGUUAAAGAUGAACCCUUGCUUUUAGAAGCAUUUGGCCAAUGUUUACCUGCAGAAACCCCAUGUCAAACUUUCAUUUCCACACUUAAUUCAUAAAUAAUUUCCAGUAAAAUUCUGACUCCAAAACAGUUUAAAUUAUGUUUUAAGUUUUUCUAGCUGUGCCAUAAAAAUUAAAUUAAAUUCUUAAAUCAGUUUACUUUCUUUAGAGUAUUGGCUGUUGAGUUGCUAUAAAUUAAAUUAGAUAUUUUGGUGUUCAAGCCAUUUUGUAAAUUAAAAAUUAUUUAUGUCCAAACUAUUAUCGACAAACUAACCAUUCCUUAACUUCCGUUACCAAACCUACCCUUCACGAAGCUGGUCAGUAAAUGUCGACAAAGUGUUGGCCAGCACCAAAAAUUAAAAUAUAUAUAUUUUUCAUAAUAUGAAUUAAAACAUUUCGUGAUGGCUGAUUCAUGAAACUUAUGUUACAAGAACCACAGUAAACUCAGCAGACCUUAAAAUAUAUUUUUUUACAUUAAACAUUUAUGACACUUACCUAGCAUUGAAACAAUAACAUUCUAAAUCAAUAGCAUCUGACUAAAUUAUUCUUGCAGGAAAAUUGAUGCUUGAAUCUACAUAAGUUUUCAUCGUUGACAACAUCAAAUGAAUCGGCUCUGCACUAUACCCUCAAAAAAGAAUGAUUUAGGAUGUUUGGGAGCACUGGUGUUGUCACCUGGCCUAAAGGGGGGUUAUCACUCUGUGGAUACAGCUUAUGCAACACAGGAUGGUUGAUCAAAACAAAUUAAAUCUGGUUUUGAACAUCAUUGUGCACCACAUUCCCACGGGACAAACAUUAGCUUUCAAACGAAAUCUCUUGUAACCCAGGCUUCCUAGUGUACAUGCACGAAGACUAUGCUUGGGAUCUCGUGCCCUGUUCUGCUGCACAUACAAGAACUGCCGAUGAUGCCUGCUGUGGUGUCUCCUCGACAGCAAAAGCCCUGUUACUCUGCUAUCUGCUGUCAGCCUUGACAAUGACAACAGCAAGUCCAUAGAAACCAACUGUCCAUACUUUUCACCAUCGAGCACCUGAGGAUGAAACAUAACCCUGCAAAGCACCCACAGCCAUUGUUUGCCUGAAGGCAUGCUGGCGCAGUAGCCAGUAACUAUAAGUUUAGUAGGUUUCGCUCCAACUUAGAAGUGUCUCGACUUGUAUUACCUAUCCACAUUUAGUAAAAUAAAAAAUAUCUGCGAAAAAAUUGAUAAUGGGGCAACAUUCAAUGGAAGAUCCGCUUUUGACAUUUACAACAUGUUUCAAAUCAUUAUCCUUUUUUCAAUGUCUUAAUCAGGUACUAAUAGGUUUUCCGGCUAGUUCACCCUUUCAAGAAAAAACAACACCUCUGAUGUAAAUUAGAGACUGAAAACUCUGUGCAGAUUCACUUCAAAUCUUUAGAACUGAAACAUUUAUAGAAAUUAAUUUUAAGAACUAAUUACAAUUGAACUAAUAAAAAACAAACAGGGAUCAGUAGAAUUUAAUUUCCCUCAAACAUUCUAUAAACAUUGGUACAUCUCUGUUAAGAAACAUUUGAAAUUUCAGCCACAUAAAGAAAAAGAACUAACUCCUAACAGAAAAUAGACUUUAAUACUGCCUUUCGUAAUACUUUUUUCUGAAGUAAAAAAAAAAUGAAUUUGUGAUAUCAAGAGAAUAGUUGUUUGGUGUAGGUUAUUUACAUUAAAACACUUUAAAGUAGUAGGAAAGUUGAAUGAUUAUAAUUAGCUACAUUAAAAAUACUUAACGUUAUGUAGAUCAUUGGUUAGGUUAGGUAAGCUACCUUAAAAAACAUGUAAAAUCAUUUAAUUGUUUGCGUAGGAAUCGCAAAUGUAAAAUGUUGCAAGCUUAACCUAACCAACCAUCCUUACUAAAUUAUAAUGUUCUUAAUGUAGCUAACCUAACAAAACCAAUCAUUCACACAAUUACGAAGUAGGUAUUAUUAAUAUGCUAAUUGAACCUAAUUAACAGUUCACACAAUAUCAUAGUAUUAUUAAUAUGGCUGACAUAACCUAAUCUAUAUGUUCUUUAAAUGAUUCAUGCAAUGGGGAAUUUUGAUUUAAUGCAGUUUUUUCAGACACACGCCAUUGCAGUUUUGCACUGUUUGUUACGGAAAAAUACCGAAAAUCAAAAAUCAAAAUUUUUGUCCAUGCUGUCAUCGUUGCGUUGUCAUAAUACUUGUUUAGUUUCAUCGUUUGUUCCGUUUGUCUGACUUCAGCUGAUUCAGUCUUGUUUUCUGUGAAUUUUUUAUCUUCAUAUUUUAUUUCUGAUUUUUGAAAUUUUUCCAUAACAAACAGUGCAAAAUUGCAAUGGUGUAUGUCCAAAAAAACUGCAUAAAAUAACCUAAUCUACCAUGUGCAUGAUUUCCGAGUAUUAUUUAAUGAACCUACCUUAACCACUUGUUAAAAUGGUAAACUAUUUAAGGUAUCACAAUGCCCUCUUAGAGAAUAAUUGGAAAACAAGUAAGAAUGCAAAAAAAAAAAAAUUGUUACUUUAUUCAGAAAAAAUCCACUAUAUGUAAUUUAGAAAUGUAAAUCAAAGAUGUGUAAUUUGCAUGAGCAAAAAAUUAAUGGUAAAUAAUAUCUUUGCCUGGUGACUUAUCGAAACAUGUCUGUAGAAAUGCACUGGUUUUUACAAUCACAGAUGAAACAGGUCUCAAGAAGUACGGUACUAAAUGUGGUAAUUGUUCCAUAUCACAUAUUUAAGUUUAUCUUUUCAACGUGAUAUCAUGAUCCUGUAUACAUUGAUUCUAUGGCAUAUGAUUCUUGCUGUUUUAAUUUAGUAUGUUGAAAGAUCCUGGAUAUAAUAAAAACUUCAAUAUCACAAUACA